CAUAACAACUGUGAAAAACUUUUCAACGUUUCGAAAAAAGCCUUAAAAAAACAUACAAAAAAUUCAAGAAACACAUUUUUUUGCGCCUUUUUGUUUCUGUGCCCUGUGACCAUUAAAACUCAAGCAAAAAUCAGCAAAAAAAAUCGAAAAUAGAAAUCUGCCGAAUGUCAGGAAUUUGUCAGCUCUGAAUUCGUGUGGGAAAAACUGAACUGACAGAAGUCAAAACUAUAAAAGAAUGCGCGCUAACUAACCAUUUUGAUAGCGAAAAAUGCGAGAUUUGCGAGCCGCACCUGGGAAUUAAGGUAGCGAGGCAGCGCCAGGGGCAUCCCCUCGAGAAAGCCACGUCCACGCGAUGGACAACUACACGGACGUACUGUACCAGUACCGCUUGGCCCCGUCCGCCAGUCCGGAAUUGGAAAUGGAAAUGGAACUCGGCGAUCCUCGCCAGCUGGGACGCGGCUUCCAGCUGCCGGCCAACGAGUCGCAGCUGGAGAUACCCGACUACUUCAACGAGAGCCUGGACGAUCCCUACUACCAGCAGAUGCUCGGCGGCUCGUGCCGCAUGGAGGACAACAACAUCAGCUACUUGAACCUCACCUGCGACUCGCCGCUGGAGUACUCCAUUCCGCUGUACGGCUACUGCAUGCCCUUCCUGCUGAUCAUCACCAUCAUCUCGAACUCCCUCAUCGUGCUCGUGCUGAGCAAGAAGAGCAUGGCCACGCCCACCAACUUUGUGCUGAUGGGAAUGGCUAUAUGCGACAUGCUGACGGUUAUAUUCCCGGCACCGGGUCUCUGGUAUAUGUACACAUUCGGCAAUCACUAUAAGCCACUGCAUCCGGUCUCCAUGUGUCUGGCCUACAACAUUUUCAAUGAGAUAAUGCCAGCCAUGUGCCACACCAUCUCCGUUUGGCUGACUCUGGCCCUCGCCGUUCAAAGAUACAUCUACGUGUGCCACGCCCCCAUGGCCCGGACAUGGUGCACGAUGCCGCGGGUGAGGCGGUGCACGGCGUACAUCGCCCUGCUGGCGGUCCUGCACCAGUUGCCGAGGUUCUUCGACAGGACGUACAUGCCGCUGGUGAUCGAGUGGAAUGGGAGCCCGACGGAGGUGUGCCACCUGGAGACGUCGCUGUGGGUGCACGAGUACGUUGGCGAGGACCUGUACUUCACGAGCUACUAUCUGUUCCGGGUGCUGUUCGUCCACCUGCUGCCCUGCAUCAUCCUGGUGACACUGAACAUACUGCUCUUCGCGGCAAUGCGGCAGGCGCAGGAGCGCCGGAAGCUGCUCUUCCGCGAGAACCGGAAGAAGGAGUGCAAGAAACUGCGGGAGAGCAACUGCACCACACUGAUGCUCAUCGUGGUGGUGUCCGUGUUCCUGCUGGCCGAGAUACCCAUUGCCGUGGUCACCGCCAUGCACAUUGUGAGCAGCCUGAUCAUCGAGUUCCUGGACUACGGCCUGGCCAACAUCUGCAUCAUGCUGACGAACUUCUUCCUGGUGGUCAGCUACCCGAUCAACUUUGGCAUCUACUGCGGCAUGUCGCGCCAGUUUCGCGAGACCUUCAAAGAGAUAUUCCUGGGCCGGCUAAUGGCCAAGAAGGACAGCUCCACCAAAUACUCGAUCGUCAAUGGCGCCCGCACAUGCACCAACACCAACGAGACGGUCCUCUAG